AUGCCAAAAUUUCAAAGUUCCACCGUUAUCAAAGAUGACUCGGUGACGCAACAAGUGGUUUUGCCCAUGUACACUUUAGAUUCUCCGUUGGUGUUGUUACCGGGCUUAGUUUACAGUGUGACGUUUUCUCGCUUCAAAGCAGCAGCUCUCCUUUCUCGCUUUCGCAGACAAGUGGAAACCAUCCCAGUGGCAAAAGCAUUGUUAGCCGAAUUCGAUUUUGAUAGUGCGGUGGGAGACGCCACCGGGGUUUCCGAGGAAGCUUUAGAUGGAAUCAAACAGUUCCGUGGCGUGGAAAACAAAGUAAAAUCUGGGCUGCCCAGCUUAUCUCAAAAGCUGGAGUCACUUUCUGGUUUCGACAGCUUGGUCGUAUGUAUUUCGCCAAACUUGGACAAGAUCUCCAACCCUCAAAAGAGCCUCGAUGCUUUGCAGCUGGGUAUUUUUACUGUCUCCAGAGUUAUUGGAAUCGUGGAUGACACUACAACGGUCAAAGUUACCUUUCAAGCGUUGCGUAGAGCAUCAAAAGUUACUGGCGCCGAAACUGUUAGAGCUAACGAGGUUGCUGUAUCUGUUGUCUGGAACGAAGCGCUUGUCGAGGCAUCCAAGCACUAUGAAGAAAUUUGGUCGGUGUCAAAAUCAUUAUUCUCUCUGAUUGAUCGCUUCGUUGAUGAAUACAGACAAGUACUCAAUUCUCAGGAUAAGAAGCAAGAUUUAUUGACUUUGAAUCCUUUGGCCAAUGCACUCUUUUUGCAAUUGGCGGGCUCAAAGGAUUUUGCUAAAGCUUACUCCAGUUUGAAGAAAAUAGUUCGUUCUAUGACCCUUGCUGACGUACGUGACCCGCAAACGUUCCUGAGGGUAGUCGAUCUUCUUGUGGCUAUUGUUCCAUUCCCCAACCAUGAAAAACUCAAAGUUCUCUCGGCAUUAGGACUCGAAAAAAGAGUUGAAAUUGUGAAAAGUAUGCUUCGGAAAAUGAAUGAAGUCUUCCAAACUAUAAGAGAGAACAAUAGCAUGGUCAACCAUUGGUUCUACGAGGAGGCAUCUAACAUUCAGAGAGCCAAUGUUGUCGCAAACCAGCUUAAGUCCAUUCGUGUCGUUUUGGAAGGUCUCUCUAAGAAUUCGUAUGAAAAACAAGCCCUCGUGAAGCCUAAGAAUGGUUUAACUGGCUCUAGAAGAAGAGGAAACGAUGGCAAGGGUGUGAAUGGAGAGGAUGAUGAAGAUGAUGAUGACAUGCGUGCAAUCUCAGAGUUUAUCAAACAGAGGUUGCCGGAAAUCACUUCUAUAUCAGACGAUUCGAAACGUUUGAUUGUGAAAGACUACAAGCGGAUUAAGUCUUCGACACCAGGUAAUGCAGACUUUCAUGUAAUCAGAAACUAUUUGGAAAUCGUCUCUGAUUUGCCCUGGGACAAGUUUGUGUCUAAGUUCCAAAGCAACAAAGAAAUUGAUGUCAGUGUUGCGAAGCAGCAACUUGAUGAGGACCAUUACGGCUUGGAAAAUGUGAAAACGCGGUUGCUCCAAUACCUUGUCGUUUUGAAGCUUUUGGCAUCCAAUGCCGAAGAUGAGUACAAGCAACUGAAAAUCGAAGAAGCAGAAAAGGAAAAGAAAAUGCAAGAGGAGAAGGAACGUUUAAAGUUUACAAGGGAGUCAUCAAGUGGAGAAACCUUUAUUAUCCCUAACGAUGAAGCACGCAAUUCGAAAGAGGCUAAUUCCACCAAAGAAGCGUCCGCUUCUCAAACAAAGUCACUUCUUGCUUCAAAGAAUAACAAGUCUCCCAUCAUUAUGUUGGCUGGACCACCAGGUGUCGGUAAGACUUCGUUGGCAAAAUCCGUGGCCAGGGUCCUUGGAAGAAAGUUCCAGCGUAUAUCUUUAGGCGGGGUGAAAGAUGAGUCUGAAAUCCGAGGUCAUCGAAGGACUUAUGUUGGUGCAAUGCCUGGCACCAUCGUACAAGCCUUGAGAAAAGCUCUGUGUAUGAACCCUGUGAUUUUGUUGGAUGAGAUUGAUAAAGUGGUUGGUGGUGGAUCGAACAUGACCAAAUUCAAUGGUGACCCUGCUGCUGCUUUAUUGGAAGUAUUAGAUCCUGAACAAAACACUCAGUUCAUUGACCAUUAUUUAGGAUUUCCGAUUGACUUGUCGCAGGUGAUUUUUAUUUGCACGGCAAACGAACCUUACAACUUGUCCCGGCCCUUACUUGACAGGUUGGAAAUGAUUGAAAUCGGCGCUUACGAUUACGGCGAAAAACUUAUUAUUGGCAGCAAGUAUUUGUUACCGAGACAAAUAAAAAGAAACGGCUUCCCUGACGGUGCCACUGUUUCUAUUGAUGAAAAUGUGAUGAAGCAAGUCAUUAUUGAUUAUACCCGCGAAGCUGGUGUUCGUAAUUUUGAAAGAAAGUUGGGGACCAUUUGCCGGUUUAAAGCCGUUGAAUACUCUGAAAGUUUGGCAAAUUCUGAUGUUCACUAUGAUCCUAAAGUGGAGAUCUACGAUUUAGCGAAGUACUUGGGAGUGCCACAUUCAAAUUCAAAUUCUGCAAUAAUCGACGUUCCUAUUUUGUCCAGCAAAUAUGGUGUUGUCAAUGGCUUGUCAUACAAUGCAGAUGGGUCAGGGUCUGUGUUGAUAUUUGAGUGUGUUGGCAUUGCCGGCGAGAAAAACGGUCCAACUUUAAAAAUGACUGGACGGCUUGGUGAUGUUUUGAUGGAGAGUGCUAAGAUCGGGUUGACAUUUAUCAAGAGUCUUUUGUACAGACGCUUGUUUAACACGGCUGACGUGGAAUCGCUCAUUGAUAGACUUGGGCAUUUGGAAAUACAUUUACAUGUGCCAAGUGGAGCCAUUCAGAAGGACGGCCCUUCUGCGGGUAUUACUAUGGCUCUUGCAUUUCUUUCUCUUCUUAUGGAGAAAGCUGUUCCGCUGGAUAUUGCAAUGACUGGUGAGAUUACUUUGAGAGGUCUGGUUCUCCCUAUUGGAGGCCUUAAGGAGAAGUUUCUCGGUGCUCAUUUAACAGGACAUGUCAACAGGAUCAUUGUUCCAAGGGACAAUCGUCGUGAUGUGCUUGAGGAGUAUGUGCAAAAGAUUAACGAUACGCUGAAACUCAAUGCUCUCUUGAAGGACGACUCACAAGCCAACUUCAAAAACACUGCUCCAGAAGAUUACUUUGCGGAGAAAUAUGGCGUACAGAUUCUCUAUGCCAAGGAAUUUUGGGACGUAGUCAAGCAUGUUUGGGGCGAAGAUCUAUUGAUGAAAACCGAAGAGACCCGUUUGUCUGAGUACCACUUGUGA